GCGUGUGCUAGCUUUCUGUGUGCUUAGGUGCCCGAGCUACUGAGGGUCUAGGUCCGGGCAGCCGAAGAGUGUGGUAGGUAACGGUCGUCAGCGCAAGGGUCAUUUCGUCGCUGGGAAGGGACGGCCCUCGCCCGCGGUGAUGGUGGUUAGCAAGAUGAACAAAGAUGCGCAGAUGAGAGCAGCGAUUAACCAAAAGUUGAUAGAAACUGGAGAAAGAGAACGCCUCAAAGAGUUGCUGAGAGCUAAAUUAAUUGAAUGUGGCUGGAAGGAUCAGUUGAAGGCACACUGUAAAGAGGUAAUUAAAGAAAAGGGACUAGAACACGUUACUGUUGAUGACUUGGUGGCUGAAAUCACACCAAAAGGCAGAGCCCUGGUACCUGACAGUGUAAAGAAGGAACUCCUACAAAGAAUAAGAACAUUCCUUGCUCAGCAUGCCAGCCUUUAAGAUUGAAUUAGAUUGUGUUGUUUUGUGGUUUUAUUUCUAAAGUAAAACUUGCCAUAAAUUAGGAAUCGGCUUCCCAAAAUAAAAUCCUUUUUUGUAUGAUGGUAUACAGUUUUCAGUAAUGAUGUAUACAUUGUAUUGAUUUUUUUCCCUAAAUGUAUUAUUUUAAUAAAUAUCUCAUGAAUGAAAAAAAAA